AGAUAAUGCUAGAAUCAAGUUUUGUGUGGUCAUAGAGCCACUAUUGAAAUUGUAAAGUUGUAAACGGGGAAAACGAAAAUAAUGUCAGUGUCACCCUUGUUCUAAAAUAAAUCUUAAAAUAGGUAUUUAUCAAUUUGUCAAAUACAAUAAGACUAUUAGUUUUUAUCAUUAUUUAUUUGUGAUUUUAACCCGCCAAGAUACAUGUGAAAUGAAUUUUCAAGAUUCUAAGUUCAUUAAGGGUAGCUAUAAAAGAGAAAGAACUAGACCAAAUAGAAAUUGGCGUGGAGGAGAAAGAAGCCGCAGUUGGAGAUCAACCCAACAACGACACAAAGGGCAACAUUUCUCCAAUAGUCGUAAAAACUUUUCACCAAAUGGUAUUUAUAAAUAUGGAAAUCAGUUUUCAACACAUUCAACAUCUUAUGGUGUAUUAAAUCAAAAUGUUCAAUUAUCAGUUAUUACUAAAAAGGAACACAUUCGUCCUAGAUCACCGUUCCCAGGAAGUGAAGAAUACACUCAAAGGAAUAUUGAAAAAGCUAGUGAUUUCAUUAAAAGGCAACUACAAAUUGAUGAAGAUGUGCCUGCAAAAACCUAUAUCAAUUCUAGCCAUAUUCAUGAAAAUUUGCAUAGUGAUUGUAACGAGUUUCCUAAAUAUACAAAUUUCGAAAAUGUUAGCAGUUACUCUGCAAAUUCAGAUAAAGCCGCAAGAUCUAUUGACAGUAACCAUUAUAAUGUUGUCUACUCUCCAAAACAUAGUUUUAAUACAAGUUCACAUCAAAAAAUUAAACUUCAGCAAAUGUAUGAUGUUAAUGAAAUUCAUAAUAAACUUAUUAAUCACAUCUCCAACUUGAGUCAUGCUAAAAAGGUUAAUAUAAUCAAUCAGGUUGGACCUACUGGAUAUGAUUUAGCUGUUCAACAAAUCCAGAAGCAGAAAAGAAUUGAAUUGUCUCAUGCAUUGAGGGAAAUGUGUAAAGAACAAUGUUUUAAUGAAAAAACAGACGCUAUCAAUUCUAUAAUUCCUGACUUUGAUAUUCCAAUAGAAAGUUUACCAAAAGAGAUAAUUGAAAAGCUAAGCACUUCAUUGGAUGUACAUUUUGACGAUAGUAACUUUAGUUUUCCAAAUAAACAAAUGAGCAGUAAUUAUGUAGAAUUCUCAAGAAAUGAUUUCUGUUCACCAGAUCCUAUUGUUCCUGAAACGUAUUUCCGACAAGCAGAAACCUUGUUAAAGGAUUCCUUAGAAUAUUUACCUGAAUGUAAGCAAUCUAAAACUGAUAUAUUUCCACAGCAAAAUCUUAUUAGUGAUACGUUUUUGCAAGAAAGUUCUGCCUUAAGUAAUAACUCAUCUUCUGAUAAUUUACCUAAUUUUAAAGAUUUUUAUCAACCAAGUCCUCAAGGAUCAGAUGUGGAUCAAAGUAAUUUUCAAGAUGAUAAUGUGGCAUUGCCCUGCCCAUUCAAUAUGAAAAGUGAUAAAAACAUCACCUUUUCAGAUCUACAUCAUGAUCAUAGGAACAACAUAAAUGAAAGUAUUAACUUUGUAUCUACACAAUGUGGAGAAACUACUAAAAAAGAGUAUCUUACUGUACCUACUAUCAUAGGAGAACAAAGUCAGAAUACAAGUACAAAAAGUAGGACACACUCUGGAUGUAGUAUUGGUGAACAAGUACAAACUAUAAGUAAUUUUAACGGGAAUAUUGAACAAAAUCAACAAGAAAUCAAUUCUCAGGAGUAUGAAAAUGUACUUCAAAGUAAAUUAGUAAAUGCAGAAAUUAAAGUUGAAGAUACUGUUGAGCAAUACGUAGAAUUACAACCUGCAGAUAAAAUGAAAAAGGAUCAAAUUAAAUUCAAAUCAGAAAAGAUACAUUUUGAAAUUGCAUCAAGACGGAAACUUUUUAACAAAAAAGUCUGUGAACACACCAUCAGAAGCCAAUCAAAAGAAGUAGAUAAUAGUACAAUCAAUGUUAAUAGAGAAAAGUUCAACUCUACUAAAGAUACAGAAUUCCUUACAAAAGAUCUUACGAAACACUUGCAAAAACGAGUACUACAGAGUGAUGUUGAAACCAAAAACUUAGUUAAAGGGAAAUGCAGUAACCAGGGUGACAAAAUAAAUCAAAAUAACAAAUUCCAGAAUACUUCAGGUAGCAAUAGGGAAUCAGAUUAUUUUGCGAAAACUAAUUCGUUUGAAACGCAGGCGGAAAUUACUUCAACAACAUUAAUGACUGAACAAUCAAAAAAUUUAGAAUUAGUAAACGAUAUACCGGAACAGAUUCCGAAAAAUGAAGAUAAAAGGUUUAUAAACAAUGCAAGACAACAAAUUGCCAAGGUGGAUUUUCAGAAAAAUAAAAUAUCAUUAAAUAGAGACAGUUAUAAAGAAACUAUGAAAAUAAUAAACGAAACUGAUUAUUACACACAUCCUUCGAGUAAUUUAUCUAUAAAAAGUAAAGAUAGCAUUGGAUUUUCUUGUUUAACCAAAAAUUUUAACCCUUAUACAUCUUACUUGAAACCAACAAAAAUACCUUUAGUACAAAACAAAGAACAAGCAAGCAAGCAAGAGCAUAAAUUUCUUUCAGAAUCAAACUCAAAAAAAGCUAAGGAAGAUUUAGCAAUUGAAGAGAUAGUCAAAGGAUUUUCUCCAAGAAAAAAAAUUCAAGGAACCGCUAAAGUUCGAAUAAUCAAACUUAAAAGUACAGAUGAGUCUCGUGAUUUAACAUCAAAUGUAGACAAAAAAAAGUCUUUUAAUAAAAGAAGCGAAAAACGAAAAAAUAGACGUGCUAGACAAAAAAACGCAAUGAAGUAUUUUAGUAAUGAGCUUGAAAAAGAAUUACUACAGACAGCCUAUAAUGAAAUUGAAAACGACGAUAAAAAUGUUAAGAUUAAUGUACCUACAAAUACAAAAACUGCCGAUUUAGUUAAUGAUGAUAAAUAUUCAGAUUCAUUUUCAGUUGACUUUACUGAUACUGAAACAACCGCUGGUGAAAAGGUGAUUCUAGCAAGCAAUUCUCAGAAAGAAAACAUAGAGUCAAAUUAUUCUCAAAGUUGUAACGAUAAUAAUAAAAUUCAAAGCAAUGAGUCGACAAUUCAAUCUGUAUAUGAAUAUGAAAACGAAGAUUUAGAUUAUGAUUAUGAUAUGUUUAUUGACAUAAAUAAAUCAGCUGUAAAAGGUGGUGAUUUAAAAGAUGAUGAAAUGGUAAGAUUAUGGGAGAAAAGAGCGAAGGAUGUUCACAACGUUGAUGAAAAAAGUGUUUUAGAAGAUGGAAAAUUAUGGAAUAAUUUUGUGGAAAAAUCAGCUGUAGACGUUAUGAGUACUACUCAGGAUGAUGGUUUAGUUUUAGCAACUAACUCAAAAACAGAUAAUGAUGUUACUUUAAAUUUUGAUAAAGUAGCUGACAUUACCCCUGGAAAUUUAGAAAAAAAUGGACGUGAAGAAGAAACUUCCUCUAUGGCAUUUGUUGAACAUGUGCAAACGUUAAAGGAACCUGAAUUUUCGUUGCUAAUGGAAGGUGAAACUAAAGACACUAUUUCAAAAGAUGUUCAGAAAAUUCCGAAUGUAGAAAAUAAUGCAAAUUUGUUUGUGAGUAAUGGAAUUGAAGUGGACACUAUAAAGACGAAUAAUAAUUUAAUCGUAGCCGAAAUAGAUUUAAAACUUGACACUUGUUUAGAUGAGAAUGAAGAAAGUUUAAAAGCAAAUAUUUCACAUAUUAAUAGAUUGACUACAUUUUGUGGUGAUGCAUUGAAUGAAGAAACGAAAUGUUUAAGUAAAGAUGAACCUAUUGACAAACAAUUGAACGAUUUGAAAAAUGAGACUACGCACCUAAAAUUAAAUUCAGAGAGUAUUGAGGACCUCGAAAAAGUUACGAAUAACAUUAAAAAAAAUAACACAUUACUUGAAAAUAGUAAUGACUGUCAUUGUAUUAGUGAAAGAAACGUCGAUAGCAAAUGUCCUGACAAGAAUUAUAUCUAUGAAAAUGGAAAACAUAUUCUUGAGCAUGACACGUUUCAAAUCAAAAAUAAACAUAUUAGUUCUGAUAAAAAUUCUAACGCACUUGAAACUAAGCAAGAAGGUCGAUCAUCAUCAAGAGAGAACUGCAAGACUAGUAAUAAAGCAUCUAAGUUAGAAAUCUGUGCCGCUAAAGAAAACACUGCUGACAAAACCUCAUUAAAUAAAUUAGAGUCCUCCAGAAAAAGAGAUGGCACUUCAGAAGAAUCAGUUUAUUCAAGUAAAGAAGGUUCUACUUUAGAACAAGUAAAAUCACGAAAUAAAUCAUAUCAUACUUCUGAUGAUAGAAAAAGAAAAAUUCGUGUAAGAAAUAAUUAUUCACAAACAGAAAAAUAUACAAUGAAAGAUAUUGAACUACAAACAGAAAAUAGUAAUAAAGAAUACAGCGAUCGAAUGGUUCAAUGUGAAAUAGAUAAUAAUAUUCAAACCAUAAGCACUAGUACUUCAACAGCUAAUUUUGAUUCUCAUGAAAUAAAUGAAUAUUCGAAAUUAACUAGAAAUGAUGCUAUAACAAAAUUAAUUGAAAUCGACAAGCAAAUAGGCAAUCUAUUAAAAAUCAGACGUGAUUUCUAUGAAGUUUUAUACGACGAUAGUUAUAAAAACAUACAUUGCAAAUUGCCGAAUACUUCGAAUGAAUUGAAUACAGUUGCUAAUAAAUUUAACAAUUUAUCUGUAAUGAAGUCCAAAAAUGUAUCUGAUCAUUCACAAUUAAAAACAAAUUACGCAAAACAACGUAAAUUAAAAAAGAAUGUGAAGUUGCGAGACAUACAUAAAAUAAAUAUAGGCAAGAGUAAUCAAAAUAUAAAUGUAAAAGGAACCGCAUCGUUAAUCUUACAAGAUUCAACAGUGGUUUCCAAAGAAAAUCAAUGCAUUUCAUCCAAUGAUGUUGAAAAAUUAAAUGUAAAAAACUUGUUAGAACAGAAGAAGGUAUUUUUCAAUUCGACAGAUAACUUAGAAUUGGGUAAAAAUAAAAUCCUUGAAAAUACUACCCAUAAUAAUGAUGUAAACACAAUCAAACGUGGUCACCAUGCAUGUAACAGAGCUCAACAAAAUGCAAAUGAAAUGGAAGAACUGAAAACUUCAGCAAAAAAUGCCAAUAUUACAAAACACUCAGAAGUAACGAAUGACAAUGAAAUUAUAACUGCUAAUGAAUUACCGAAUGAUAAUGAAUGUUUAGUCUUUGUUACAUCUAAAUCAGAACAGGAGGAUAUGUCUUUAUUUUUGGAAAAAAGAAACGUUGCUUCUGAUGUUUGCAAUAUAAAAAAAUGUUAUAAUAAAAAGAAACAGAUAGUAAGAGACAAAAUACAAAACACUGAGGAAAAUAAAAUCAUAAUAAAACAUGAAGCAAAUAGACCCACAAAACGCAGAAAAAGAAAGCAUUCUUCCUUUGCUAUUAAUAAUGAUUAUGUUAAAAAUUUAAGACAAACUAAUAAUAAAGCAGUGACGGAGAAACCUUCAAGAAAAGGAAUAGUCCAAGAAAACGUUGAAGGAAUACAUACAGAAAAUAGUUCAGUUCCAAAAUGUCAAAAUCUUUCUUAUACGUCAGGAGCUAAUUUAGAGAAUGAAAUAAAACAUAAAUUCUCUUUGGAUGAACCGGAGCAUAAACGAAGACGAAAAAGUAACAAAACUGAAACGAUAAAUAUAGAAACAAAUGUGGAUAAAGUAGCCAAAGAAUCUAUUGUAGAAAAAGGUAGUACAAAAGGAUUACAAAGAGAAGAAGAAACUGUUGUUAACUAUGAAAAAUAUGGAAAUAGAAGCGACUUGUAUGAAGAAAUACAAAAACUAAAAUGCAUUGUUCGAGUAGAGAGAUUAUCAUUGGUACAAGCAGGAACUUCAGCAAUGACAGUUUUACAUAACUUCAGUACUUCACAAAAUCUAGAAGAAUGUUCAAAUUCAAAAAUUGAAAAUGAAUUUCAGCCUAUUUCUCAGUUUAGUGAAGAGAAUCAAUACGAGAAAUCUAGGCAUGCAACUAAUGAAGUAUGUUGCGAUUCUCAUCUUACGGAUUUAAAAGAAAGUAAAAAUGAAUUAAAUAUUCAGCCGCAUUUGGGAAAAGUAAAUGAAGAAAAUUUCACAGAGGUAGAAUUACCUAAAAAUGAAAAUAACAUACAAUCUGAUAAUUUGCAAGAUCUCAUUUGUCACAAUUCAGAAGUUGAACAGCAUGAAAACUGUAUGGAAUCUUCACAAUGUACAGAAAAUAACGUUGAUCUUAACUGUAAUCAGGAAAUAGCGAGUAAAGGUGAUUCCGAAAGUAAUAUUCUGAUAUCCACCACUGAUGUUGGAGGUGAUUUAGAAGAAAUACUUUUUACAAAUUUUGAGGGCGUUAUAUUGGUAAUUAAGGUGGUUUCUGGGAUAAUAAUAGCUGCUUCUGACAAAGGCAAAUUGUUCUGCUAUAGUAUGUCAUCUGGAUUGUUACUUCAUACUAUUAAUGUUUGUUCAGUUGCUAUAACAUCUCUAUGUGUAUUAAAAAAUAAUGAUGAAGAAAUACUGUAUACAGGAUCGUUAGAUGUUAAACUGAACAUAUAUAAUUUCAUGACCAAAGAAAAAAUUAAAUCUGAAAAUGUAGGGGAACCAAUACAGUGCAUGGAAUAUGCUUGGGAUUAUUUAUUUAUUGGGUCUGACAGAGGUUCAAUAAUUCGUUAUGAUGUUCAGAAAGAAAAAGUAGAUUAUAAAGAAAAAAUAUUUGACCUAAAUGUUCUUGUACUACGAGCAACUCAGGAAGGUGCAAGGAAAGUUCUUGUUGUGGCCGCACGUAACAAUCCAGUAUCAGUGAGGGAUGCUAUGUCUGGCCUUCUUAUGAGAACCAUGGAAACUCCAUUUUGUCCCACGGUAUACACGUUAUUACUGGAAAAAAAUUUUGUGUUUUGCGGUACUAGUCAACAUGAUAUAUUGGUAUACACUUUUGAGGAUGGUCAGUUAAUUUUCAAACACGAAGCUACAAAGUCUAAAGGUGUAGUUUGUAUGCAGAUAGUGAAAAAUCUCCUUUUUGCUGGUUGCUAUAAUGGAAAUGUUUAUAUUUAUAACAUAAAGACAAAUAAACACUUGGGCACAAUGACUGGGCCAGGCGGGCUUCUUCUAUCAAUGGAAAUAGUAAAUGGGAAGAUAAUUGUUGGAACCAAAUCGAAUAAAUUUAAAUUAUGGACAAUUCCAAAUCAUUAUUUAGCAGAAAAUGAAAGCAUUACGUAGACUAAUGUAAAGUCCGUCUACAUUAAUAAACUUCGAUUGUGAUAAUAUCCAUGUGUAAACCUAUGCCUUGAGGGAGAGAAUAUUCUCUAUUUUGAAAAAUAUGUUAAGUAUUUCCUAGUACAAGGGGAAUGAUUUAUCUUUACAACCCUUUAAAUAUUAUUAUUUAUAAAUGAUAUCGAUAAGGUUUUCUAGAAAAUAAUAACUAUAAUAUGAUGGCGUCAUAAAUUUGAGACAUGUAACAAUUUUUGUAUAUGAAAAACAUCUAAUAAUUGGAAAACUGAAACAGGCAAGUAUCCGUUGUUCAGCCUCUAUAUGAUAGUGACCGCAAAAAUAAUUAAAAAUAACCUGUUUGUCUUUUUUAACAAUUUCUUUUGUUACUCGACGAUAAAUUUUAUAUUGCUUAUUAAUGAUGAUUAAUAAGAUAUUAUUAAUGAGUCACUAAAUAUUUCUUUUCGCAAACGAAUAGUAAAGGGCACAUUUUACGUCAUUUACUAUUAGAAAUUAUAACUAUAUGACUAUUCAAUAAAUAUUGUUAAAGCAAAUGCUUUUUAUGAUUUGUCCUUAUUCCAAAUAAAACUUAAAUGUGGUAACUUGCUUAUUUUUCUGUUACCUACCUACAAAAUUGUUCCUUCUGUAAAAUUCAAACUUGUUAAUUAUAGUAUUUAUGUAUUUAUAAAUUAACACUUUUGAUUUAGGUAUGUUAAAUAUUAUAAAAUCAAUUACUGAGUAUUUUGGUCUUAAUUAUUUACGUUUUUAUUUAUAUACCUAUAUUACUUGGUAUUUGUAGUGUUUAAUUUAGAUUCGCAUGUUUAAUAACAACCACUUUGAAAAUGUGUCAUUUUAUUAUUCGUUAUCGAAUUUAAAUUAGAAUGCAUUCUUAUUUUUGUUAAUUUUGUUGAUAGGAAUCUCAAAUCAUGGUGAUAAAAUUUUCUUAUUUAGAGAUGCUAAAUACAGAAAUUUAUAGUUCGUAUGUAUUUAAUGCCUUGUAUACAAGAAAUUAUUGUUACUUUAUUGCUUUUUUAAUUUUUGUAUUGUUUCCAUUAAAAAACAAGUGUUAUUUUCCUAAACAAAAUAAAAAAAAUUCCAAAGUUGAAGUGCACGUUCAUGUAUUUCAAUAUUAAUUGAAUAUUGUUCAUUAAAGUUAAGUAUUAUAAA